GGAAGGACUAGUGUUGACAUUCUUCCAUCUGUAUGGGUUGGAGGGAUAAGAAAACCAAACCAAACUUAAAAUGUCAAUUGUAUUCAGUUAUUAUUCCUUCCUAUACCUGUUUUCUCUCAUGAGAUAAGGCAGUAGGAAGAUGUGACCAAAACCAAGUGCCUUACAAAGGACAUGGGGUGAACCUAGUGAAAGAACAGACGGUGUUCUCCUGGGCUUACUGGCACACCUUUACAACAAGUUUUUGUGUCUUAGGAUACUAAGCAUGCCAGUCUUAUGCUGAGACAAGACGUAUAUCAGACUGAAAAAUAUCCUGUCCAAGAUACAGGAGUACCUAAAGGCCGAUGUCUCACAACUUUUGUCUUAGAUGAGGAAUACCUAACAGAUCAAGUUACGUUGGAAAUUGCCUCUGUGAACAUCAAGACUCUUACGUCAGAUUCUGGCCUAGUCCAACAGCCAGACGAGAGAGACUCACAAAACCAUACUGAUGAAUCGCUUUCAGAUCUCAAGAAAGCCUGCAAGGAAAAUGGCACCUGCUCCUUGUGCUUAUUUCGUGCACCGACCAUCAGUGACAUGCUCAAUGAUGAGGACUUGUUGUACACUGUGAGGCUAAAGCUGGAUCCCUGUCACCCAACAGUGAAAAACUGGAGAAACUUAGCAAGCAAAUGGGGGAUGACUUACGAUGAAUUGUGUUUCCUUGAACAGAAGCCGCAAAGUCCCACCUUGGAGUUCUUGCUACGCAAUAGUGACAGGACUGUGGAGCAGCUGAUUGAGCUCUGUAAAUUUUAUAAGAGGAUUGAUGUUGUGAAAGUGUUACUGAAAUGGGUGGAGGAAGAAUGGCCCAAGAGAGGGGACAGAACUUACCAGAAUGACUUCUAGGUCAAAGAAAAUUGUUAGUCUGUAUCGGUUAAAAGUUGGGACUAGCUGCCACUAGUAGAUGGGAAGCUUCCCAUUGCCAGAGAAAGAGCCUGUGCUGACAGUUUGUAUACUGUGUAAACUUUAUGUACUGUAUACGCAUACAUAUCCUCUCUGCCCUCAGGGUUGCAAAGAUAACCUUCCAAAGUAAGCUGAAUAAUGCAGGUUGUAUUCUUGAGUCUACAAACACCUUCAGUUUCGUUGCUGCUGUUUGUAGGCUUCCUAAGCAGAAGAGGAAUGAAAAAGCCAGACCACUAGUUUUACUGCAGCAGUUGUGAACCUAGUCAGUUGCUAUUAGGAAAGCCAUGAAAAGAAGGCGAGUCUCUAGGCCUUGCUGACAGCCCUUCCACAGUUUUUUACGUGUUCCACCUAGUACAAGAUGAGGGUUUUUUUUUCUUUCUUUCUUUCUUUCUUUCUUUCUUUUAAGGAAGGUUUAUGACACUGGUUUUGGCAUAGGAACACCUGUGUGUUCCAAGCAGCAGUUUGGAUUUGCAUGUUCCAAUUAAUUUAAAGUUUGAACGUCGUGUUCAGAAAAAUUAAGUUCUGGUUCACUUUUAAAAACAAGGAGAGACAUUAAGCAAAGUAAUUGCAUAGUUUUACCUCAUUAGUGCGUGCGUAUAUUUGCUACAGAAGAAAUCAUGCAGUUCAGAGAGGCUUUCCAGCCUGUAACCAUUAGGGACAAAAAAGCAAUUAAAAUGCUUUAGACUUGAAAUCAGUUUCCAAAGUUUUGAAGAAAAUGCUCACCCUGAAUAUUCUUAUCUGUUUAUCUCAAAUGCUUCUCACUUUGCAGUGGGAGCAGACAGCUAAUGCCUUACCGUAAGUAUGUCCUUAGUACUGACUGUAACUUUCCUGUUGACAAGCUGUGGUUUUCUUCAAGAGAACACAACCCAGUCCUGUGGGCUGACAUACUUUCUGUCCCGCACCGGAGCAGUUGCAUACAUGCAUAGAAUUAAACACAAGUUUAUGUAUUGAUUAAAGUCACUGUAAUGGGAAUUCACCUACAGUCCUGGUGGAUUGUUCUUAAAGCACUUAAUGAUAGUUUAGACUGACAUUUCCCAAAGGAUUAUGUCACUUUGGUACUCUGAAUUGUACUGUUUUACAUAUAACGAUUUUAGAAAUUGGUCUUUUUCCAACCAUUCUACUGAGUUCUAGUGUUUAAAAAACUCUUGAAAAAUCAGUGAUAUAGUGGGCUGUAUAAAGUGCUUAUUGCUGUAAUGUCAUAAGAAUAAGAAAUGUUGUGACCGAAGAAUGCUUUUAGUUGUUACCUAUACCAAAACGUCUUGGACGAUGCUAAUAUGUACAUAGAUGUAUUAUACCAAAGCAAUGGACCAUAUGCUAAGAUGUGGGGCAAAUUAGAAUGGGGUACAGGUGGAUGCACUGUUUACUUUCCUCAAGUAGAAAUGACUAAUUAAGAAUUAGUAGCAAAGCUAAUGGAAGUCAAAGUAGAGUUGUAUGCUGAGUUGCUUACUGUAGGAGAAUGAGAAGGCACUUCUAGUAAUACUAUACUAUAGAUAUUGAAGGGAAUAGUUACAGAGUAGCUAGAAGUAAAGACUAACAUUUUCAAUGUCAGGCACUAGUUCUGGGGGUGACAUAAAUUAGCUUUACUGCAAUUACUUCAAGAAGUUGAAGAUCUUGUUUCAAGGUGAGGAAAGACCUAAAUUUGAGGUUUGCAUUAAAAAAAAAAAAAAAAAGCUUGUGGAAGACUGGGGUUUUCAUUGACUUUUUUUUUUCUUUUUUUUAAAUCAUUACUCCAAAAACCUGCCACACUUUAGAACAGUAUAUUUUUUAGCCAUAUUUUUAAGUGGCAAUUGCACUGCUGUAUGUCACAGAGGCUACAGUUCAGAUGUUUUGUGUUCCUCUCUUGGCAGCAGGGGUCUCCCAAGAGACGCCUAUCAGCUCUGGCUUUUGCAAAUAAUCUUCUGACUUGGGUUGGGAGUUCUGGAAUCAGUUUUGAGGAUAACCGCCCUGGCUGGGCUGCCUGCUAAUUGCAGUUCCUACAGAGGCAUCCACUGCAUACGUGCAAAUAGCCUGUAUGCAGCUACUCCAACCUGAUGCCCAUACUUUGGGCCUACCACAUAUAUGAUUUAGGGUGAUGUGUCUGUGUUAAGUUGCUCUGUUCAGGGAUUAGUGUUGGCAGGUGUGCCGACAAAUUUUCUCUCUCAUAGCGUACCACAGCUAUAUGUAUGUGGUAUAGUUUGCUCUGCUGUGGUAGGUCCUGUCCAGCAGGGAAUCUGACUGGAGCCCUCACAUGAGGAUUCACAAUGGGAACGUGAAAUGAUGCAGGGGCAUUUCUGAAUCAAGAAAAAGUUUAACUGAAAUCUAUCCCUUUUCCUGUUUUCUGGCUGAAACCUGUAGUAUUUUGAAGAAAACCUGUCAUCUAGUGGAAAUUUCCUGUAGCUCUUGAAAAAUCAGUAUAAGCUGCAAGGACUCAUCUUUGAAUAAAGCUGCUUCUGAGUUCAUUUGUGGAUUCUGUGUAAAUUCAGUACUGAAUGUUGAAAAUGUUAGCUUUAAACUUCAUUACACACUGGAUUGCUCAUUAGUAUACUUGAAACGAUCUUAAAUAUUUUUCCCCUUCAUAUGGCAUGAAUUAAGAUGUACACUUUUUUUUUUUAGUUUUAUAUCUAUUUACAAGAUACUGGGUCUGAAUGUCCAGUUUAAGUGUUCUUAUAUCUCUUGUCAUAAAGUACUUAGAAACAUAGAUU